AUGUGGCGGCUGCUGCCUCUUUAUUGCUGGGGUCUCUCUCUAGUUUCUGGCUGGACGGCGUUGUCGGGAAAUUUCAGCUUUAGCUUCUUCCCAUCUUCUUCUUCUUCCUCCUCCUCCUCCUCCUCCUUCCCGCAGGCGGCCUCGCAGCGGCGGGGGCAGGAGCCAGAGCCCCGGAGGUCUCUGGCGCUGGCGCUACCGCCGCCCCCGCCGCAGCCGCCGCUUCACCCCGACCCCCAGGAGAACAAAGUGGAGAAGCUGGGCCAGUCCUUCAAGCGCAAUGUGAGGAAGCUCCGCGAGCGGAGCCACAGCCUCGACCUGGUGUUCCUGGUGGACGAGUCCUCGAGCGUGGGCCACGCCAACUUCCUCAACGAGCUCAAGUUCGUCAAGAAGCUGCUGUCCGACUUCCCCGUGGUGCCCAGCGCCACCCGCGUGGCCAUCGUGACCUUCUCGUCCAAGAACAACGUGGUGCCGCGCGUGGAUUACAUCUCCUCCAGCCGGGCGCACCAGCACAAGUGCUCGCUGCUCAACCGCGAGAUUCCCAAGAUCACCUACCGAGGCGGGGGCACUUACACCAAGGGCGCUUUCCAGCAAGCCGCGCAAAUACUACGUCAUUCCAGAGAAAACUCAACCAAGGUUAUAUUCCUCAUUACCGAUGGCUAUUCCAAUGGAGGAGACCCUCGACCAAUUGCAGCUUCUCUACGCGAUUUUGGAGUGGAGAUCUUUACUUUUGGUAUAUGGCAGGGGAACAUCCGAGAGCUGAAUGACAUGGCUUCCACCCCAAAGGAAGAACACUGCUAUUUGCUUCACAGUUUUGAAGAAUUUGAGGCAUUAGCUCGUCGAGCACUUCAUGAAGAUCUGCCUUCUGGGAAUUAUAUUCAAGAAGAUAUAUCUCAUUGUUCCUAUCUCUGUGAAGCGGGCAAGGAUUGCUGUGACAUAAUGGCAAGCUGCAAGUGUGGCAUUCACACUGGGCAGUUUGAAUGCAUCUGUGAAAAAGGCUACUUUGGAAAAGGACUGCAACAUGAAUGCACAGCUUGCCCAUCAGGGACAUAUAAACCUGAAGGCUCACCAGGAGGAAUCAGCACUUGUAUCCCGUGUCCUGAUGAAAACCACACAUCCCCACCUGGAAGUACUUCCCCAGAGGACUGUGUCUGCAAAGAAGGAUAUCGGGCAACAGGCCACACAUGUGAAGUGGUCCACUGCCCUGCCUUGAAACCUCCUGAAAAUGGCUACUUUAUUCAGAACAUCUGCAACAACCACUUUAAUGCAGCCUGUGGAAUCCGUUGUCAUACUGGAUUUGAAUUAGUGGGAAGCAGCAUUCACCUCUGUCAACCCAGUGGUUUGUGGUCUGGUUCAGAAAGUUUCUGCCGAGUUCGGACAUGUCCUCAACUCCGCAAGCCUGAGAAUGGUGCAGUCAGUUGUACGUCAGGUGAAACAUUAUACAGGACAGUGUGCUUGAUAACCUGUGAAGAGGGCUACAGAUUGGAAGGGAGUCCCAGACUCACUUGUCAAGGAAAUUCCCAGUGGGAUGGGAUAGAACCCCGGUGUGUGGAACGCCAUUGCCCCACUUUUCAGAAACCCAAAGGUGUGACCAUUCACCCAUCAAGCUGUGGAAGAGGACUAUCAAAGAUUGGUACUGUGUGUCAAUUAAGUUGUUCCCCAGGAUUUGUCUUAUCUGGAGCCAGAGGAGAUGUGAGGUGCACCAGUUUGGGGAAAUGGAGUGCCAAAAUUCAGACAGCUGUUUGUAAAGAUGUGGAGGUUCCUCAGAUCACCUGUCCUAAAGAUAUUGAAGCCAAGACCCUAGAACAACAAGAUUCUGCUAAUAUUACUUGGGUUGUACCAACAGCAAAAGAUAACUCUGGUGAAGAGGUAUCGAUUCACGUUACUCCAGCUUUUACACCACCUUACCUUUUCCCAAUUGGAGAGGUUGCUAUCACAUAUACAGCAGUUGACCAGUCCAGAAACCAGGCCCGUUGUACAUUCAAUGUCAAGGUUAUUGAUGUAGAACCGCCUGUCAUUGAUAGGUGCCGAUCCCCACCUCCAAUCCAGGGCCCCAAGAACGAAUAUGCAGCGACCUGGGAUGAGCCUCAGUUCUCAGACAACUCAGGAACUUUACUGAGUAUCACUAGAAGUCAUUCCCCAGGAGACCUGUUUCCCCAAGGAAGGACCACAGUACAAUAUACAGCCACUGAUCCCUCUGGCAACAACAGGACAUGUGAGAUUUAUGUUGUCAUCAAAGGUUCUCCUUGUGAGGUUCCAUUCACUCCUGUUAAUGGAGAUUUCAUAUGUACCAAUGACACUGUUGGUAUUAAUUGCACACUAAGUUGCCUAGAAGGCUAUGAUUUUACUGAAGGAUCUGCUGAAAAAUAUUACUGUGCCUAUGAAGAUGGAAUCUGGAGACCCCCAUAUUCUACUGAAUGGCCAGACUGUGCUGUAAAUCGCUUUGCAAAUCAUGGAUUCAAAUCCUUUGAGAUGCUCUACAAAACAACGUGCUGUGAUAACAAUGAUCUCCUCAAAAACUUUUCUAAAGCUUUUGAGACUACUCUUGGUGAAAUGGUCCCAUCAUUUUGUAACGAUGCUGACGAUAUUGACUGCAGGCUGGAGGAACGAACACAAAAACACUGCCUAGAGUAUAACUACGACUAUGAAAAUGGUUUUGCAAUUGGACCUGGUGGUUGGGGUGUGGCCAACAAAGUGGAUUAUGCUUAUGAAGACUUCAUGGAUGUCAUUCAAGAGCAGCCUCAGAAGCCUGUGGUGGGGGCUGGUAAAACUCAAUCUUCUCGGAUCAAAAGGCAUGAAAAACGUAGCGCCUCAACAUCUGACCAUAAAAUUAAGUUAAUAUUUAACAUUACAGCGAGUGUACCUUUGCCUGAUCAGAGAAAUGAUACCCUGGAACUGGAAAACCAGCAACGACUCCUGAAGACCUUAGAGACAAUCACCAACCGGCUCAAAAGGACUCUCAAUAAGGAGCCCAUGUAUUCAUUUCAGCUUGCAUCUGAAAUGGUUGUAGCUGACAGCAAUUCAUUGGAAACAGAAAAAGCCUUUCUCUUUUGCAGACCAGGUUCGGUGCUAAGAGGACGGAUGUGUGUUAAUUGCCCUUUGGGGACCUAUUAUUCUCUGGAGCACACUGUCUGUGAAAGCUGCUGGAUUGGAUCCUAUCAAGAUGAGGAGGGGCAAGUGGAGUGUAAACUUUGCCCGGCUGGUAGUUCCACAGAAUACCUCCACUCAAGAAGCAUCUCUGAAUGCAAAGCUCAGUGCAAGCAAGGCACCUACUCACCAAAUGGUCUAGAAACUUGUGAAUCAUGUCCUCUGGGCACCUAUCAGCCAGCAUUUGGUUCCAAGAACUGCCUCUCUUGUCCAGAAAACACUUCAACUGUGAAAAGAGGAGCUGUGGAUAUAUCUGCCUGUGGAGUGCCUUGUCCAAUAGGAGAAUUCUCCCGCUCUGGCAUCAAGCCAUGUUAUCCAUGUCCCAGAGACUAUUAUCAACCCAACCCAGGAAAGUCCUUCUGCCUUUCUUGUCCUUUUUAUGGAACGACAACAAUCACCGGGGCUAGAUCCAUCACAGAUUGUUCAAGUUUUAGUUCAACUUUUUCAGCAGCAGAGGAAAGUAUCAUGUUGUCAGCCUCUCCUGGACAUAUCACCAAGAAGUAUGAAGUCAGCAGCCAGGUUUUCCAUGAGUGUUUUCUAAAUCCAUGUCAUAAUAGUGGAACCUGCCAAGAAGUAGGACGGGGAUAUGUUUGCCUCUGCCUGCCUGGAUUUACAGGCUUAAAGUGUGAAGUAGAUGUGGAUGAGUGCAGUUCAUCACCUUGCCUCAACAACGGAAUGUGCAAAGAUGGUACUGGCAUGUUCACUUGUCAGUGCCCAGCAGGUUACACAGGUCAGCUCUGCGAGGGAAAUAUAAAUGAGUGUAGAUCCAAUCCAUGUUUAAAUAAAGCCACUUGUGUCGAUGGUAUUGAUGGGUAUCACUGCUCAUGUGUGAGAGGAUUCAAAGGCAUUCACUGUGAAACAGAAGUCAAUGAAUGCCAGUCAAACCCGUGUUUGAACAAUGCAGUUUGUGACGAUCAGAUAGGGGGGUUCUUGUGCAAAUGCCUUCCUGGUUUUUGGGGUACCCGGUGUGAAAAUAAUGUGGAUGAAUGUCUCAGUAGUCCCUGCAAGAAUGGAGGAGCCUGCAAGGAUGGCAUCAAUGGCUUCAGAUGUCAGUGUGUGGCAGGUUACACAGGGCCACUCUGUGAAGUGAAUAUCAAUGAAUGUGAUUCCAACCCAUGCAAAAACCAGGCCACCUGUGUGGAUGAGCUGAACACCUACAUCUGUAAAUGUCGGCCAGGCUUCUCAGGCAGCAGGUGUGAAACAGAACAGUCUGCUGGUUUUAACCUGGAUUUUGAGGUGUCCGGCAUCUAUGGUUACGUCAUGCUCGAUGGUGUACUCCCAUCUCUCAAUGCCAUUACGUGCACAUUCUGGAUGAAAUCUUCUGACGUUAACAACUAUGGAACUCCAAUCUCUUACGCGCUUGAGAAUGGAAGUGACAAUACUUUCCUUCUCACUGAUUAUAAUGGCUGGGUUCUUUAUGUGAAUGGGAAGGAGAGGAUAACAGACUGUCCUUCAGUCAAUGAUGGCAUUUGGCAUCAUAUCUCAGUCACUUGGACAAGUACUGAUGGAUCCUGGAAAGUGUAUAUUGAUGGAAAAUUAUCUGAUGGUGGUACUGGCCUAUCUGUUGGUUCAGCUAUCCGUGGAGGUGGUGCACUAGUCCUUGGGCAAGAGCAAGACAAAAAGGGAGAAGGAUUCAACCCAGCUGAGUCAUUUGUGGGUUCUAUAAGCCAGCUCAACAUUUGGGACUAUGUCCUGGCUCCAGAUCAGGUGAAAUCUUUGGCUACCUCUUGUCCAGAAGGACUCAGUAAAGGAAAUGUAUUGGCCUGGCCGGACUUCCUAUCAGGAGUUGUCGGAAAAGUGAAGAUUGAUUCCAAGAGCAUAUUCUGUUCUGAUUGUCCAUCGUUAGACGGAUAUGUACCUCAUCUGCGGACCUUAACAGCAGAUUUAAAACCAGGCUCUAAAGUCAGCCUUUUCUGUGAUGCGGGUUUCCAGAUAGUCGGGGAUGCCGUUCAGUACUGUCUGAAUCAGGGACAAUGGACUCAACCACUGCCGCACUGUGAAAGAAUUGGCUGUGGAGUGCCACCACCUUUGGAGAAUGGCUUUUACUCUGCCGAGGACUUCUACGCGGGCAGCACAGUCACCUACCAGUGUAACAAUGGCUAUUAUCUGCUGGGCGAUUCAAGGAUGUUCUGUACAGAUAACGGAAGCUGGAAUGGCAUCUCACCUUCAUGCCUUGAUGUCGAUGAAUGUGCAGUUGGAUCAGAUUGUGAUAAGCAUGCUUCCUGCCUUAAUACAAAUGGAUCCUAUAUAUGUACAUGCAUCCCACCCUACACAGGAGAUGGAAAAAAAUGUGCAGAACCCAUAAAAUGUAAGGAUCCUGGCAAAACAGACAAUGGUCAUUCUUCUGGUGAUAUUUAUACUGUUGGUGGAGAAGUUACUUUCUCUUGUGAAGAAGGCUAUCAACUGAUAGGAAUGACCAAAAUUACAUGUUUGGAGUCAGGAAAAUGGAGUCACCAAAUACCAUUUUGUGAAGCCGUUUCCUGUGGUGGGCCUGUUGUUCCAGAGAACUGUGGUAUUGAAGGAUCAACAUUUACCUAUGGUAAUAAAGUGAUUUACAGGUGUAAUAAAGGAUACAAACUAGUUGGUGAAAAAGAAUCAUUUUGCCUUGCUAAUGGUGCUUGGAGUCAUUCUCCUCCCACAUGUGAAUUAGUGAAAUGCCCAAGUCCACAGGACAUAAUAAAUGGAAAAUAUGUACUAAACGGGUUAACUUAUCUUUCUACUACAACCUAUUCAUGUGAUAGUGGAUACAGCUUACAGGGACCUUCAGUUAUAGAAUGUAAAGCUACAGGAAAUUGGAAUACAGCACCCCCUGUGUGUGAGCUUGUCUUCUGUGGAGAUCCUCCAGCCAUCAAAGAUGCCAUCACUGAAGGGAAUAAUUUUACAUUUGGAAACACUGUGACUUAUAAAUGCAAAGAAGGGUAUACUCUUGUUGGUACUGAAACCAUUCAAUGCCUGGCAAGUGGCAUAUGGAGUGAAAAUGAUCAGCAAUGCCUAGCUGUUUCCUGCGAUGAACCUCCUAGCGUGGAACAUGCCUCCCCAGAGACUAGCCACCGCUUAUAUGGAGAUGUUGCUUAUUACUACUGUGCAGAUGGGUAUAGCUUGGCUGGCAACUCCCAGCUGCACUGUAAUGCCCAAGGGCAGUGGGUUCCCUUGGAGGGCCAGGCUGUGCCCCACUGUAUAGCUGAUUUCUGUGAGAAACCCCCAGCUGUCCUGUAUAGCAUCCUAGAAUCUGUAAGCAAAGCCAGAUUUGCAGCUGGAUCUAUUGUGAGCUUUAAAUGCAUGGAAGGCUUUGUCCUGAACACCUCAGCUAAGAUUGAGUGUAUGCGAGGUGGCCACUGGAACCCUUCUCCAAUGUCAAUCCAGUGUAUCCCAGUUCGUUGUGGAGAACCACCAAGUAUCAAGAAUGGUUAUGCAAGUGGGAGCAACUACAGUUUUGGGGCAGUGGUGGCUUAUAGUUGCAACAGGGGAUUCUAUAUCAAAGGAGAGAAGAAGAGUACCUGUGAAGCCACAGGACAGUGGGGUAGCCGCAUACCUACCUGCCACCCCGUAUCUUGUAAUGAACCACCCAAAAUUGAGAAUGGAUUUGUGGAGCGCUCAACUGGGAAGGUCUUUGAAAGUGAAGUAAGGUAUCAGUGUAACCCAGGAUAUAAGAUGAUGGGAAGUCCUACAUGUGUCUGCCAAGCCAAUCGCCAAUGGUAUUGUGAAUCCCCAACCUGCAUUCCUCUCAGCUGUGGGAAACCUCCAUCUCUCCAGAAUGGCUAUAUCAGAGGAGAAAACUUUGAGGUGGGAUCCAAGGUUCAAUUUUUUUGUGAUGACGGUUAUGAUCUUAUGGGAGAUGCUUCUUGGACAUGUCAGAAAUCAGGGAAGUGGAACAAAAAGCCCAACCAAAAAUGUAUACCAGCCAAAUGCCCAGAUCCACCCCUGCUGGAAAAUCAACUUGUAUUAAAGGAACUGGUUCAUGAAGUUGGUUUGGUGCAGUUUUCCUGUAAAGAGGGUUAUAUCCUCCAAGGACCCUCUAUCCUGAAGUGCUUGGUGUCGCAACAGUGGAAUGGCUCUUUUCCUUUUUGUAAGAUGGUGCUUUGCCACCCACCUCCACUCAUUUCCUUUGGUGUUCCUGAAUCUCCCCCUGCUCUUCAUUUUGGAAGUGUCGUCAAGUACUCCUGUGUAGAUGGGUUUUUCAUGAGAGGAGAUUCUACCACCUCUUGCCAAGCUGAUGGCACAUGGAGCUCUCCACUGCCAGAGUGCAUCCCUGUUGAAUGCCCCCAGCCUGAAGAAAUCCCCAAUGGCAUCAUAGAUGUGCAAGGUCUUGCCUACCUCAGUACGGCCUUGUACACUUGUAAACCUGGCUUUGAAUUGAUGGGAAAUAUGACCAUCCUUUGUGGAGAAGAUGGGCACUGGCUUGGAGGAAAACCAACUUGUAAACCCAUUGAGUGUCCAAAGCCCAGUGAGAUUCUAAAUGGCAAACUUUCUUACACAAACCUCCAUUAUGGACAAACCAUUUCAUACUCAUGUGAUAGGGGUUUUAGCCUCGAAGGACCAAGCACUCUGAUGUGUUUAGAGACAGGGGAUUGGGAUGUAACUGUUCCAUCUUGUAGUGCCAUUUAUUGUGAUCCCCCACAACCUAUUGAAAAUGGCUUUGUGGAAGGAGCAGAUUACAGCUAUGGUGCCAUGAUUAUCUAUAGCUGUUUCCCAGGAUUCCAAUUGAUGGGCCAUGCCAUGCAAACCUGUGAUGAGUCAGGGUGGUCUAGCUUUAUACCAACAUGUCUUCCCAUAGACUGUGGUCUUCCUCCCCAUAUUGAUUUUGGAGAUUAUGUGAAAGUAAAAGGACAAGAAGGAUAUUUUGAUCAAGAAGAUGAUGCUAUGGAAGUCCCGUACCUUACUCCUGACCCUCCUCAUUCACUUAGUCCAAUAGACAGUGCCCAGAAAAACAUGAAAGGCUCUACAGUUACACAGAUACCAAACUUUUUAUAUGGUACUCUAGUUUUAUAUUCUUGUAACCCUGGACAUGAGCUUUUGGGUAAUCCUAUGCUGAUUUGCCAGGAAGAUGGGACUUGGAAUGGCAGUGCCCCUGCCUGCAUGUCAAUAGAAUGUGACUUGCCUAGUCAGCCAGAAAAUGGCUUUUUGCAUUUUACUGAGAAUACAAUGGGCAGUGUAGUACACUACAGCUGUAAUCGAGGGCACGUGCUGGUGGGCUCUAGGGAAAGACUUUGUCUGUCAAAUCGACAGUGGAGUGAUACUGCGCCACACUGUGAGGCAAUUUCAUGCAAUAAGCCAAACCAAUUAAUGAAUGGAUCUAUUCAAGGAGGAAAUUACACAUACCUGAGUGUGUUAUAUUAUUCAUGUAACCCUGGAUAUGAGCUGAAUGGCUCCAACAGGAGAACAUGUCAGGAAGACAGUCAGUGGGAUGGGAAUGAGCCAAUUUGUAUCCCUGUGGCCUGUGGUCCACCCCCAGUCUCAGAGAACAGCCAGGUGAGUGGGGAUGAGUACACAUUCCAAAGGGAAGUUGUGUAUACUUGCAAUGAAGGAUUCCUGCUUGAAGGGUCUAGGAGUCGAGUUUGUCUGGACAAUGGGAGCUGGAGUGGAGUCACUCCAGUCUGUGUGGCUAUCAAGUGUCCUGCACCACCACAGAUUGUCCAUGGAGAAGUGAGGGGACUGGAACACAGCUUUGGGAAGGAAAUAGAUUUCCACUGUCAUGAAGGCUAUGUCUUACACGGUACCUCAAAGCUAACCUGUCAGGUCGAUGGCACCUGGAAUGGAGAGGUACCUCUCUGCAAACCAAUCAACUGUGGCCCCCCUGAAGAUCUCUCCAAUGGCUUCCUAAAUGGUUCCUCCUUUUCUUUGGGAGACUACAUACAGUAUGUGUGCUUUCCUGGUUAUGAGCUCCAUGGCUCUCCUUUGAGACAGUGUCUUUCCAGUGGCUUCUGGAGUGGUAGUCCCCCUUCUUGCCUGCCCUGUGAGUGUCCUGCGCCCCUGAUUCAAAAUGGGCUCAUUGUUGGGGAAGAUUUCAGUUGUGGAAAAGUUGCCCAGUUUCAAUGCCUUGAAGGCUUCAAGCUCCUGGGGCCUUCUGAAAUUACUUGUGAGGCAGCUGGGCAGUGGAGUGCUGGCUUUCCACUCUGUGGGCGCAUUUCUUGUGGUCCCCCACCAACAAUCUUGAAUGCAUUCAUCAAUGGGAGCAGUUCCCUGGAGGAGAAUGCAAUAACCUACAGUUGUGUGACUGGCUAUGUCAUGCAGGACAGAUCUGACUUGAUUUGCACAGAAAAAGGGACGUGGAGUGAGCCCUAUCCAAGCUGUGAGCUCCUCUCCUGUGGACCACCACCUUCUGUAGCUAAUGCAGUGGCAACUGGAGAGGCCCACACUUAUGGAAGCAAAGUGGAGCACAGGUGUCUGGAAGGUUAUGUGAUGGCAUCAGAUACAGAUACAAUGACUUGUCAGAAAGAUGGGCAUUGGUCACCUGACAGUAUUUCCUGUAUUCCUAAGAAAUGCUCCGUACCAACAGAUAUGGACAAGAUACUUGUUCUUGGUCAUGAGUUCAGUGUGAAUAAACAAGUUUCUAUAUCAUGCAUAAAAGGAUACAUUUUGGGGGGAGCUAACACUUCAACAUGUCAGCUCGAUGGUACUUGGGAUCCACCAUUCUCUGAUGAUUCUUGCACUCCAGUUUCUUGUGGGAAACCUGAAACUCCAGAGCAUGGGCUUGUGGUUGGUACAGAAUACAGCUUCAAAAGCACAAUUAUUUACCAGUGUAAGGCUGGCUAUGAGUUAGAGGGUGACCCUGAACGUAUCUGCCAGGAAAACAAACAAUGGAGUGGAGCCGCAGCUCUCUGCAAAAAAAUCGGGUGCGAAGCUCCAAUCCAAUUUGAGAAUGGAGGAGUUGAAUAUGAAAAUAAUACAGUUGGUCCAAGAGUAAUAUACUCCUGCAAUCUAGGAUAUACCCUGGAAGGAGAGCCUGUUGCAGAAUGCACUGAAAAUGGACGUUGGAGCCAUCCAAUACCUUCCUGUAAACCAAAUCCCUGUCCUGUACCUUUUGUAAUCCCUGAGAAUGCUCUUCUUUCUGAGAAGGAAUUUUAUGUUGGUCAGAAUGUAUCUAUCAAAUGCCGAGAAGGCUAUCUGCUACAGGGCCAAGCUGUUAUUACCUGCAACCCUGAUGAGACCUGGACACCAACAAGUGCCAAGUGUGAAAAGAUCUCUUGUGGACCUCCAGCUCAUGUUGAAAAUGCAAUUGCUCGUGGUAUACAUUACCAGUAUGGAGACCUGAUAACCUACUCCUGCUACAGUGGAUAUAUGUUGGAAGGCUCCCUUAGAAGUGUGUGCUUGGGAAAUGGAACCUGGACAUCACCACCUACUUGCAGAGCUGUCUGUAGAUUCCCAUGUCAAAAUGGAGGAGUUUGCCAAAGGCCCAAUGCAUGUACCUGCCUAGAAGGCUGGAUGGGACGCCUUUGCGAAGAACCAAUAUGUAUUCUUCCCUGUCUGAAUGGUGGCCGCUGUGUGGCACCAUAUCAGUGUGAAUGCUCGGCUGGGUGGACGGGAUCCCGCUGUCAUACAGCUGUUUGCCAGUCUCCCUGCUUAAAUGGUGGGAAAUGCAUAAGACCAAAUCGAUGCCAUUGUCUCUCUACUUGGACUGGACACGACUGCUCAAGGAAAAGAAAAGCUGGGUUUCAUCCCUUUUAACUAUCCCACAGCAAAGCGGCUCUCUCAAAAGGACAAGAUCAUCUCUCCCAGCCAGUCCCUGGGGAUUCUGGAACAUGGACAUUAAAAAUCCAACAUGGUGCUGGUUUCUUUGGAAAGUUAUUUUGUUGUUUUGUUGUCAUUGUUUUUGUUUCUAUUUUAAUUUUGUGAUAUAUUUUUCCUUGAGUUUUCCAUUAAAAAUCUGCCUGUAUUUUCAUAUGCAAAAAAUGUAUAUUAAAUAUAUGCUGCUACACCCACA